AUGGAAGAUGACAGUGAACCUGAACAAAGGUCCUGGGCCUAUCUACCUGAUGUCUGUCUGAGGCAUGUCUUCCAUUGGUUAGAUGACAGAGACAGAUCUCGGGCUGCCUUGGUCUGUAAAAAAUGGAGUUGUGCCAUGCACUCUGGAUCUCUCUGGAGAUGCAGAACCAUCACGUUCUAUGGCCAGCCAUCAAGGGCACGCACACUGGAGUUUCAAAGUGCACUGUGGUAUACCAAGAAAUUUGGCAAGUAUUUGAAGCACCUUGAGAUCAAGUUAUCAAAUCCUUACAAUACCCCCUUUAUCAAAAAAUUUCAAGUGAUUAUGAGAGGUCUUCUUUCACACCUGGGAAAGUGUAAUAGUCACCUAGUAUCCCUGAGCAUCAAGUACCUAGAGUUAGACUGCUUGAUCUGGAAAAAUGUAGUUAGGGCUCAGUUUAUCAAGAACUUAGCUGCCUUCCUGAAAAGAAUGAGCCAUCAACUUGAUUAUCUUAAUUUAAAAGGAGCAAGAAUAACUUUGGAAGAAGGCUGUGAGCUUCUGAAUUCUCUGAGCAGCUUGACUAAUAGAAGCUUUAUAUCUGAAAUCAAUAUUGAGGAUUUCUUCAGUCUCCACCUUUCUGUUUACAGCAGUGCCUUGUUCCACCAAACUAUGUCAAAGUUCCACAGGCUAACCACCCUGACUUUCAAUUAUAACUGCAUGUCUGAUGAACUGCUGGACAUCCUGCGGGAGCACAGCUCUCAUUCACUAUGCACCUUGAAUAUCAAGUGUCAUAUCCAUGACCCUCAUGGGCAAGUGGUCUCAGGAAUGUCCUGGGCAAACUUGGCCAAGAGAGCCCCAAAACUGAAUGUGAACUUCUUCUUUGAAAGAGUAAUGAAGCAUGAUCACCUAGCUAGGAUCCUACUCGUGGAGAUCCCAGUUAGGAGCAUCAGCAUACGGAGCUGCUAUUUUAGUGACCCAGACUGGACAAUGAGACCUACCCUCACCAACCUUCUCCCAGCUUACUGGCAUGGUCUGCAGAAAUUAACACUUGAAUUGAACAAUGACCGUGAGUUGCUGGACAGUGAGCUGCUACAUCUUAUCUUAUCAUGCAAGAGGUUGUUAUUUCUGAAAGUCUGGGCAUUUCUAAGCAUCAGCUUUAUGGAGAGGCUGCUACAAAACCGUGCAGAAAGGAAAUGCAUUUUGACUACCAUAAAGGUCAGAAUUUAUACUGUCCAAGACGACAGCACUGAGGAGGAGAGGCUGUUAGCUGAUAUUUACAGGAAAUUCAAGUACCUGAUUGACUCAGAACUUAAUUAUUUUGUCAUCACCUACCCAAUGGUGUAA